AUGUACUAUAAAAGUCCUUCUCUUGUAUCAAUAUUAACACUUGAUACAAGAGAAGGAUUGGAAGAAAGAUUGGACGAAGUUUUCGAAGAUAUCUGUGAAGAUACAAUCAACAACAUUAUCGAGGCCCAAACCAAAAAGCAAAAGAAACGAGCAUUUAUUGAACGAAACCGUGAAGCAGGACACAUCCGGUUAUGGAAUGACUACUUCUCCGAAAAUCCCACAUAUGAGGAACAUAUCUUCAGACGCCGUUUCCGUAUGAACAAGGAAUUAUUCAUGAGUAUUGUCUAUGCCCUCUCACAGAACGUUCCAUUCUUUCAACAUAGACCAGAUGCUACCGGGAGGCUUGGUCUUUCGCCACUACAAAAAUGUACCGCAGCAAUUCGUAUGCUUUCUUAUGGUUCUGCAGCCGACGCGGUUGACGAAUAUCUCCGACUUGGUGAGAGCACGGCACUUUCGUGUUUACAUUAUUUCACUGAUGGAAUAGUACAGUUAUUUGGAGAGCAGUAUCUACGAAGACCCACGCCAGAGGAUCUUCAACGACUCCUCGAUAUUGGAGAGAAACGCGGGUUUCCUGGAAUGAUUGGGAGCAUUGACUGUAUGCAUUGGGAGUGGAAAAAUUGCCCAACGAGUUGGAAAGGACAGUACGCCCGUGGAUCAAACAAACCGACAAUUGUCUUAGAGGCUGUAGCUUCACAAGAUCUUUGGAUAUGGCACGCUUUUUUUGGUCCUCCAGGUACCUUAAACGAUAUUAAUGUCCUCGAUCGAUCUCCUGUUUUUGAUGACAUUAUAGAAGGUCGAGCUCCAAGGUUAGAGUACGUGGUCAACGGACACAAGUAUAAGUUGGCUUACUAUCUCACUGACGGUAUAUAUCCAAAAUGGUCAACAUUUAUCCAAUCAAUCUCACGUCCUCAAGGUCCUAAAGCACGGUUAUUUGCUAAAAAACAAGAAGCAGCCCGAAAAGAUGUGGAACGGGCCUUUGGAGUUUUGCAAGCUCGAUUUGCGAUUGUCAAAAACCCGGCUCUUACAUGGGACAAAAAAAAGAUAGGGAAGAUUAUGCGAGCAUGUAUCAUAAUACACAAUAUGAUAGUCGAAAAUGAACGCAAUGGAUACGCUCGCAUCGACGUUUCGGAAUUUGAAGAAGGAAGUGUCACCAGAAGUUCACACGUGGAAACCCAAACCGAGAUGCCUACAAAUCUGAAUAACAUAUUUGUCAAUCAGAACGAGAGAGAACUUCGGGAUAUCCGUAUACAUGAACCACUGAAAAAAGAUUUAGUUGAGCAUAUUUGGAAUAAAUUUGGUGAUGAAUAAUUAUUGUAUCUUUAUGUAUAAUUAUUGUAUUUUUAUGUUUAAUUAUUGUAUUUUUUAUGUUUAAUUAUUGUAUUUUCUUUUAUUUCUUGAAAAAAAAAUAUUUUUUUUUCUAAGGAUU